AUGAAGACAUUGAAAAAAAGUAAAAAAAGCAUUUUUAUUUCAUACUCUUCAGAUGCUGGGUACUGUGAGAAAAAGUUUAUUGUCGAAACUGUUAGACAACUGAAGGAAAAUAAUUUAUCAGAGGAUAUUUGGUUUGAUAAAGAUGAAAAAAUUGUUGAUAGUCCCUGUUGGUUUUCUCUUUGCAUGGAAUCACUUGAAAAAUGUAAGGCAGCAAUACUAUUUCUAUCAGACAGCUACUUCACCUGUCCUGUUUCUUUGUAUGGUGGUAAAGCAUUGUUAGAAAGAAUUAGCUACAAUCCUAGUUCAGUUCAAAUAUUUCCAGUUUUAUUUAGCCAACCAGAUGCAAUGAAUGUACCCAAAGAAUUUGUUGAGAUAAUGAAUGUCGCCAUUGAUCUAACUGGUGAACAUGCUACAAAGAGUAUAGCAGAGAAAACAUCUGUUGUGAUUGGAUGCUUAAUGGAAGACUUGGAAAAACUUGCAACAUUACAUUGUUCACCUCAUUCUGUAACUCCAUUUGACUUAGAAUUCACAGGCGAAUUCAAGAAAAAAAAAAUCUGUCUCUGGAAUGUUAGCGAUCUGCAAGAAUGGCUGUUUAGUUUAGGCAUUAAAGAAUUUUAUAGACAAAGCCUGGCUGAGGCAGGAGUGGAUGGAUUUCUUUUGAUGUCAAUUACAGAUCAUGACAUGAAUACAUUUCUUGGUAUUGAAAGUAGGGUGGUACGCAAGAAAAUCAUGCAACAAGUUCUUCAUACAUUAGACAUAGAACACAAGCGUGUUGAUAAUUGGCACCUGAGACUGCGUGCCCACAGGCCUAAACCUGACACUGUUUACCUAAUCUAUGAUCCUGCUGAUGUCCGAUUGGCUCAAAAUUUAAAAUCAGACCUUAAAGCAAAGUCAUUACAGGUAUGUCUAAUUUUGAUUAUAUAUUGUCAUAAAUAAUAUAUUCUAUUACAGUUAAUUUGAUACAUGUUAACAUUUUGAAGCCAAAUUAUUCAAUCAUAGUAUUUAUCACAUCAAAUCAAGAAACACAACACUCAUUUAAGCAAUUCUUUUGUUAUGAUGUAGGUAGACUUUAUUUUAUUGUACUUAUGAUUAUAAUAUAAUUAUAUAGGCCUACCAAAAUUUUAGGAUAUUAUUUCAUUAUUUAACACAUUUAUGGUAAACCCUUUUUUUUUAAACCCCAGUGUUUCUUCCCAUUAAAUAUUAGCAAAAGUUGCAAAAUUUUUGUAUGAAAUCUAAGUUGUCUCUCUUCUUCACAAGAUGCUUUAAUGACACUUUUUUCUUUUGCAUUGCUUUGUAAGUUAUUAUUCUUUGUAUAACUCUUGUUGUCAGUUUUAUGCAUGAUGCUGUGAUGAAUCAAAGUAUUGAUUCAUAACAGCAUCAUGCAUAAAAAGAUACAAAUUUAACAUUCUUAAUUCUGUGAAGAUUUAUUUUAUAGGUGAGCCACCAUAACACAACCAGGUUGGGUCAUUCCAAAGAAGAAUUCCUUGAAGUCAAUGGACCUCUAAUAGCUACAUCAUCACAUGUUGUUGUAUUCAUGACACAAGAGGCAUCUAUUUCACCAUUUGUUUUUCAAGAAGUUCUUUUCGCUGACUGGUUAGGGAAGAAGAUAGUUACAGCUCUGUUUAAUAAUGUCUGGUGCGGUCUCAGAGCUUCUAUGAAAGCCAUACUUGGUAAUUUAGUUUAAAUCUUCUGGAAGAAAAAAAAACCAAAACUGAUUUAGCUUUCGUUGAGGUUUUUUCUAAUUGAUGCAGCAGAGUCCAUAUCUAAAAGCUAUUUUUGAAGUUAAAUUUACCUUUAAUAAGUUUUGUUAAGAAAAUUUCAACCUGAUCAAAUUAGCUGGUUAAUUUUAAAAUGAUAAUAAAUUUUCUUGCAAUGCCUCAAUGAUCUCAAUAAUGCUUAGGAGUUGGUUUGAUUAAAAUUUAUUAUAAAUGUAGUCUUUAAAAGAAAAUAAACAUUGUAUGAAAAGCUCAUAAUAGCUUGAUUAAUAGAAACUGUAUAAAAAACUUUAUGUGACAACAACUUUUAAAUUAUUUAAUGACAUUAAUAUGUCAUGUCUUGUCACAUUUUACUCUUCAAUGUCUGAAAUAUUUCAGGGCAAUUAUUAAUACAUUUUAACUGAAUUUUUCUGAUUUAAGCUCUAAUACUAUUUUAAAAUGAUCGUGAUAAUAAUAAAAUUGUUUAAAAAAAAAUCCUACUAGGUGAUUACCCUGCUGUAGACUUUGAAAGCAGAAUGUACUCUGAAAGUCUGGAAAUUCUAGAGCACCAAAUUAAACCACUGAGACGAGUACCAGGUGUGGUUUUGGAGCAGACAUACCUGACUAAGAUGUCAGAAGGAAGUAAACCUUUGAAUUUGUUAGUCAAUUCUAAAAGUAUGUUCAUAUUUUCAUAUGAUAAUAAUUUUAUGAUAUAUUAAAUUAAAAAAAAACAACUCAUAAUUAAAGAGACCAAUAAAACUUUGCUGUGAUUUGUCAUAUUUUUCAUUGCUCUAUUAAAUAAACAAAAAAAUGAAUAACAUUAGUAUUUUACGUUUUAAAAAUUUAACUUGGAUAAUCUCUUGGAGAUUUAUUACUUGUAACUUAAAAUUAAUUUUCUGAUCUAGAAUUUGAUUUUUGAAAGUAAUUCAAUUUGGCAACUUAUCUAACUAUAAAUUAGCCUCUUUUUUUGUGAUGCGUUUCUAUUUAAGGUAGAUUCAGUAACUCAUCAGAUUAUCAGUUUUUUCUAUGGUCCUAGUUGGAUUUUAUAACUCCUCCUGCCUUGUGAUCAAAAUAUCAUUUGAGUGUUUUUUUUCCUUCUGAAAAACACAAAUAUUAUUUUAUUUGAAAUUUGAUUUUAAAAAUCUACAGCCAUUCUCAAGGAAAAUUUGGUAAAAGAUUUUUUUUUGGGGUCUUAAAUUUAUUAAUUUAUUUUUUUACUUUUUAUAUCUACCUCACUUAUUUAAUAUUAAAUCCCCUUUUCAAACCUUUUAAGUAACAACAUGAAAUCUGUUUGUUGCAAUAUAAUAGCUAAAAGGAAAAGAGAGAUAUGGCAAAUUUUAAGGGUGUGGAAGAGUAGCCUUGUGCCUGGAGAAAAAACUUCAAAAAGUUGACUAUUAAAUUUUCAUGUUAUGGAUAAUCAUUCCUAUGUUUUUGAUAAUAUUUUUAACAACUAUCUCAUGUUAUUGAUUGGAUACCAAUCGUGAUACAUAAAAUAGUGUGGUAAGAUAUUUUAAUCGAUCAAAUUUUAAUGGAUGCUUGAUUCACCGAGUCAGAAAAAUAUGAGUUAAUAUUCAGAGUGAUUCAAGAAUUAAAAAAUGGUUGCCAUUAAAGACCAUGGUAUAAAUUUGACAGUUUGUUUGUCUAAACAGAAGCAGCAUGCAUAAUGUGUUAAAUAGGUUGAAGUUUUUUUUUGAGGGGGAAGCAAGUCAAACUGAGCACACCAACACAGUUUUUCUUUCUAAAGUCAGAUAUUUAAAUUAUCUAAUUAAAAACAAAUUUCAUGUUAAAUAAAAGACUUUAUUGAUAAAAGGUUUGACGUGAGAAAAUGUGUUCCUAUAUAAAAAAUUAUGUUUAUCCCUUAUUUUUUAAGGGAAAAGAUGAAAAGAUGUAAUACAUAUUAUUAUGUUUCCAUUGUCAUGAUAUGAAUACAUAUUGUUUAUUUUUAUAAAUUAAAAACGGUUCAUUAGAUAAAGUAUUUAAGUCUAGAAAGGUUCACAAUAGGAAAUAUUUUGUUGUUGUUGAUUAAGCAUCUAAUGUAUAUGAACAUGAUUUAUUCAGCAUCUGGAAAAUACACAUUAAAUUUAUUUAAGAAGGAGCACAUCUCAUGUUAUUAAAAUUACCAUGUACAUUUUAUAGAUUUAAUCCUCCCCUUUGAAUCAAUAUUUUUAUUAUAUUUUAAAUUUAUUUUAUUAUAAAUUUUUAAAUUUAUAGCGUUCAAUUUUUAGUUUGUUAAAAAAUUUCGUAUGUCAAAUUUCAUUGCUUUCCAAUUAUUUUUUAGAACUACUAUUCAGAAAUAAUACUCUCAUGAUUUCUUGCUUUUAAAACUUUCAUAUAUAUAUUAAUAAAUAAAUUUUUUCAUAAAUUAAUUUUAUUUUAUCUUGUAAACGUGAAUGAAAUACAGGACAAAUAUUUAGUCUGAGGGGCCACCUUGUGAGGACAUUAAGGGGACAUUAUUCAUGAGAAAGGCAUUCCUGACAUGGUUAACAUUAAUUUAUAUUAAGUGCCAUCCUUAAUGAUGUCAUGCUACUUUGGCCUUUGACACUCCCACUCAACAUUAUCCCAAAUUUGGCACAAAAUUUAGACAUCUUCAUCAUACAUCGUCAAAUAUUCAUAACCCUCCUUAUAUGCAUGAAGUCAUUUAUGAAUGGCACCUGGCUUGAAGUAGAUGCAUUCUUUUUUUUACUUAAAAUCAUUUAAGUUCAGUCCUUCAUGCCAAGUAAAAUAAUGGUUUGCUAUUUGUGGUAACACGUUGCCUAUAUCAAAGAAUUGGAUAAACAUACAAACCCCAGUGAAUAGUUGGGACCUACUUUUUUAUCAGUUCUUUUUAUUAUUUAGUAACAUCUUUAUUUACAUUAGCGGCUUAAGUAGUAUAUCAACUGCUUGAAAUUACAAUAUAUAUAUUGGGCUAAACUUUGCAGGUUAUGAUUACAUUUUUAAAAAUUAAAAAAUAAAAAUAAAAAAUUCAUCAGUGGAGUAAUAAACUACUUUUUACAUGCUCAAAUAACAAAUUAAAUAUGUUCAUAAUAAUGUUGGUUGAUUAAAACUUCUCAACUGGUUUGGUAAUAUUUUAAAUUCUUUGGUUAAAUUUUAAAUUUUAUGUGAUUGCAUUCAUUUUAUUUAAAUAAAAGUUUUCUACUUUUAUGAGUUAAUUUUAAAAACAAAAAAAUCACAGUUAAAGUUGGUUUUAUUCAAUCUGUAUUUAAACAUCUUCAAUUAUUUUGUAUUUACACUUUUGAUUGAAUUUUAAUUCUAAAAUGAACAUUUUCUCUAAAAAAGAUCUAUUGUAAAUUAUUAAAAUUUUAAAGAUAAAUCCUUAAUAACUUAAAUUUUCUUUGAAGUAAUUUCCAAGCAAUUUUUAUUUUUUGUUUGUGAUUGCAUAGUUAUUUGCACGAUAUUUGUUAAUAUAAAUUAAAUUUUCUUGAAUUGUUUAAAUUGAAUUAUGAAACUUUUAUAAAAAUAUGCUAUAUGAAUAAUUUUUCCUCAGAUCAAGGCAACUCAUCCACACUCGGGGCAACUCAUCCACCCUCGGGGCAAUUUAUCCUCACUCGGGGCAAAACAUCCACACAAUAUCCUGAAGGUUGUGCCCAAGUUUUCAUCUCCUACCAAUGGGACAUGCAGACAAAAGUGGACGAGAUCCAGCAGAUCCUCGAGAGAGCAGGCUUCAUUUGCUGGGCAGACAUUAGCAUGGCCACUGACUCGCGCAGGCACAGUAGUUCCAGUGUCCGGUCUUCAGUCUCCAUUCCAUAUGGAGGCCCUUCCGGUGAGACCCUACAAAGCCAGAUCCACCGCACGAUGAAGGCCUGUCAUGCUGUUGUGUGUUUCAUUACCCCCAAAUAUCUACAGAGUGACAACUGUGCUAAAGACCUCAGUUUGGCUGAUGCCUUUCAAAAGCCAAUUAUUCCUUUACUCUUAAGAUACGUUCCACUAGAGAGCAUGAAAACCUUCGUGGGGCGGAUCUUGUUGCGAUACGGUUAUAUUGAUUUGAGCAAUGAUAGACUUUAUAAACAGAACAUCAGAGUUUUGGUUGACAGAGUGAGGAAAACAUUGAGCCAAUAG